AUGCCGCCCACCCGCAAGCAAGGUCCCCCUUUCCGCGCCGAGCACAUCGGCUCCCUUUUGCGGCCCCCACAACUUCGCAACGCCAUCCUCGAGCCCGAGAAAUCCACCCAGGCGGCGCUCGCCGAGAUCACCAGCACAGCCGUCACAGAUAUUGUCACCACACAGUGCGAGCUGGGCUUUUCUGCGCCCACCGACGGCGAGUACCAGCGCAUCCUCUUUCUUGGCAGCUUCCACCUGGCUCUCGCCGGCUUCGAAGAUGUCGUCGACCCGCCCAUCCCGCGUCAGGCCUUCCGCACCUACCUGCCCGAUGUCGCCGACUUUUUGCGCCGCGGCGAGGCCAUCCCAUACACGACGAUGUGCACGGGGCGGAUCCGGCAUGAGUUGGACCGCCCCAUCUACGAGAAGGAGUUUGUCUAUCUCCGGUCGGUGGUGGAGAAGCUCGAGAGGGAAGGGGGCGGUCGCCGGAAGGCCAGCAUCGUGCCCAAGCUCACGUUGGUCUCGCCUCUAUGGUAUUACACUCUGUACCGCAAGGGUUACGCCUAUCCGCAGGAUGUAUACGCCCAUGACGACGAGUAUCUAGCCGACUUAUCCCUAGCUUUCCGGAAGGAGAUUGAUCUGCUCUAUGGGAUCGGGUGCCGCAACAUCCAAGUUGACGACCCGUACUUGACAGGAUUCUGCGAUGAGAGAGUGGUGGCCGGCUUUGAAGCGGAUGGUGAUGACACACGCAAGAUUCUGACAAAGUACCUGCGCUUCUAUAAUAGCUCCCUGGCUGGUAAGCCGGCUGACUUGCAUGUUGGGAUGCACAUGUGCAGAGGCAAUUACAUCAACUCACGCCACUUCACAACCGGGUCCUACGACCAGAUCGCCGAGGCCCUGUUUGGACAGUCUGAGGCCUUCGACACAUUCUACCUCGAGUAUGACGACUCUCGCUCCGGCACCCUUGAGCCUCUGCGCCAUCUGCCCAGGGACAAGAAUGUCAUCCUCGGCGUUGUGUCCUCGAAAUUUCCAGCUCUGGAGGACCCGAACGAGCUCAAGGCCCGCGUAUUGCAGGCGGCCCAGUACGUUGCUGAGGGGACGGGUCAGACACCGCAACAAGCAUUGCAGCAGCUCGGCGUGAGCCCGCAGUGUGGAUUCGCUAGUCACGUCCUAGGGAAUGCAAUUACUGCGGAGGAUAUGCUGGCGAAGCUGAGGCUAGUCCGGCAGGUCGCUGAUGCUCUGUGGCCUGGACAGCCUUGA